AUGACUGACAGCACCAGUACCGUGGUGAUGAGUGCACUGUUGGAAGACCUUGACCCUUUCAGCACCGGCUCCAGCAUCCUGCAGGGGGCGUCGCCUCCAGCACAUAAAGGCUCCGCGCCCUUUGCCGCUCGAAGAAAAAAGAACGGGUGGGGCCUGGCGGGUGAGCUGAACGACGCAGCACGCGGGAGGCAGGGCCACGGUCAGCGUGCGGAGUGGACCUGCGGGAGCGAGCGCGAGCGGCUGCUUCGGGGGUCCACCGCGGCGGCAGCAGCAACUAGAGCGAUGUUGCUGGCGGCGCGGGCCGAGUACCUCGCGCCCUGGUGGACAUCCUGGCUGCACGGGCUCCCCCAUUUGAGUCUGAGCCUGCAACCUGUGCCCAAUGCCUUUCGCCCGAGGGACAACGACUACCAGCAGUCCUUGAUCCUCUUGGCCCUGACUGGAGUUCUCUUCUUGGGUCUCAACCUGGUUUUCCUUGGCAUCUAUCUCAUCUGCCUAUCUUGCUGCAAGAGGGAGGAAGAGUCGGAGACUAAGAAGCCCAAUUCUUGUUGUAUCACUUGGACUGCUGUGACAGCUGCUCUCAUCUGCUGCGUGGCUGUUGGCAUUGGGUUUUACGGCAACAGUGAAACCAACGAUGGGAUUUAUCAACUGAUCUACGCCCUUGAUAAUGCUAAUCAUACCCUUUCAGGUGUUGAUUCUCUGGUCUCAGGCACCACUGCACAGAUGAAAAUAGUUCUGGAGCAGCACCUGGCCCGCCUGAAUGAGAUCUUUGCAACCCACAGUGAAUAUGUGCAAACACUCAAAUUCCUACAGCAGAUGGCAGACAAUAUUGUGCUGCAACUGUCAGGGCUCCCUGUCUGGGGUGAUGUCACUAUAGACUUGUCCAUGAUUGCCCAUGAAGUCAGCUAUGUAGAAUAUUACAGAUGGCUCUCUUACCUCUUGCUGUUCAUUCUGGACUUGGUGAUCUGCCUUAUUGCCUGCCUGGGGCUUGCUAAGCACUCCAGAUGUCUGCUUAUUGCGAUGCUGUGCUGUGGGCUUUUCACAGUUUGUCUCAGCUGGACUUCCUUUGCAGCAGAUGUUUCAGCAGCAGUGGGUACCAGUGACUUUUGUGUGUCCCCAGAUAAGUUCAUUGUGAAUAUGACGAAAAGUGACCUCAGUGCAGAAAUCGUACAGUACUACCUGUACUGUAGACAAAGUCUGGCCAACCCCUUUCAACAGACCCUGACUAUUUACCAGCGCUCUCUCACAACUAUGCAGAUCCAGAUUCAGGGUCUCAUGCAGUUUGCAGUGGCUUUUUUCCCUACAGCCAAAAAAGACCUGCUUGAUGUACAGAAGUUACUGAACUACUCUGAAAAUAGUCUCCACCAGCUGACUGCCAUGUUGGACUGCAGGGGCCUUCACAAGGAUUACCUGGAUGCCUUGACUGGGAUCUGCUACGAUGGGGUGGAAGGCUUGCUCUACCUCACCCUCUUCUCUCUGUUGGCUGCUGUAUCCUUCUCCACCAUCAUAUGUGCCAUGCCUCAAGCCUGGAAGCAUUUAGCUAGCAGGGAUCGGGAUUAUGAUGACAUAGAUGAAGAAGACCCCUUCAACCCACAGGCCCGACGUAUUGCUGCCCACAAUCCCACCCGUGGGCAACUCCGUAGUUUCUGUAGCUACAGUAGCAGCCUGGGCAGUCAGACAAGCCUUCAGCCUCCUGCCCAGACCAUCUCCAAUGCACCAGUGUCUGAGUACAUGAACCAAGCUGUGCUCUUUGGUGGGAAUCCACGGUAUGAAAACGUCCCCCUGAUUGGAAGAGGAUCACCUCCACCCACGUAUUCUCCAAGUAUGCGAGCCACCUAUCUUUCGGUUAAUGAUGAUUACCGGCGACAACCUAGCAACGAAUUUCCAGCCUAACACUCAAAUUGUAGAGAAGAAACCACCCACAAUGCUCUAGUGAAACCCAAUAAUAACUGAAGGCACAUGGACUGCUGGGAAUAAGAUUGCCUCCCUAGCAAAAUGGUCAGGUGUUCAAAAAUGUUCAAAACAGAAAUCAAUCCUCUGAAGAAAAUUCCUGCUGGCAAUCCAGGUACUCUUCAAGGAUUAUCCUGUGUGCUUGACUGGCAGCUUCUUUCAAUAGUCUUCCUCUGUUGCAGACUCAGGAUGGUACCCAGGGCCUCCAUCCAAAGAGCCAACUGAUCAGAAGUCUUCUCCUUGAUUUCCUGCUCAUUUCCUGUCAGUAAUGCAGUGGCCUCCCCAACUUUUGUUGGUAUUUUAUUGGGGAAGCAGGAUGAUGUGAAAUUAGGAUUUGGCCUGUCAUGGGUUUGCAGUUAGGCUAUGAGUUCCUGUUUCCUUUUCUUCUGUGCCAACUUUGGGGCAAUUUUGUCCAUCCUUGAUGGGGUGGUUCAGUCUUCCUUGCUAUUUUAUUAGGGCAGAUAACAAGACCAGUACACUGUACAAGUAAAGUGAACACUGACACCUGGUAUACAAUGAUAACCUCAGAGAAAUGGGGAAGGGGCUUGCCAUGAAAGAAGAUGCUCCUCACUUCUGAAUCACAUGCAAUACUGACAAGAGUGAAUUUUUGGUGUCCUCUGAAGAGGCCUCUGCACAGAACCUUUUCUUGGCUUGGUACUGUAUCAUCCAUCAUUCGUUUUGAUAGAACCUGUUUGAUAUUUUAUGAUACGAAAUCCAUGCACAAUAUUCCCACUUGUCACUCACUCUUUUGCACCAAGAACUGACAUUAACUUCACCAACUCUUGUUACGGUGGCCUCAGGUAUUAUUUAGAACAACUUUUUUGUUUUAUUAUGUACUUUUUUUGGUUUGUCUGUUUUUUAGUCAGUGUUUUAUAUCAGCUAUCCAAAGGACAUAUUUUUUGUAUGUGUGUUUUUUAUAGGUUUCUGUUAUUAAGGAUUACAUCUUUUUUAUAUACUUUGCAAGCCAACUUGUUUUUUGCACUAAUUUUUUUUCCCAAAAGGGGGAAUGAAGGCAAAAGCAAAAUUAACCUUCCAAGAUAGUGUAUUUGUAUGGCAAAUGCUGACAUAUUCAAGAAUACAUUUUUCUUACUAUGUUGAGGAAUCAAAAAUACCAGGGAACAUUGGAUUGGACUGGGUUGGUGACACUUAUAUGCAAGUAAUGUUGAAAAGGUGACAGUACAGGUUCUCCUGAGCAAUGCCUUGCUUUUUCCAUCCACAAGAGGACUGUAGUAACAGUAAAUCAGGAACUGUGCAUCACUGCCAUGGUUACUUGCACAAGUUUGGCUCUUGGUACAGACAACAGGGCCAGUCCUACCAUUGGGCAGAGCGAGGCAAGUUUCAGGUUCCCCAAACCAAGACUAAAGGGAAAUUCUCAACUUCACCCAGCUUGCUAGGCCUGAACUCAUCAGAAGUCUUUCAGACACUCAAAUCUAAUUUGAUAAUUGUUGCAAACUAGACUGAACCCAGACUAAGCAAUCAGUUGCCCUCUGUCACUGUGAGGGUAUAGUUUCCUUCCCUUCAUAGCCACUACAUUUAAAACCCACUGCUGCUCUUUCUGCUUUUCACCCUGCACUUCACAGCCUUGAAGUAGAACAGUUGUUGACAUAACUGACAUAUCUGCCCUGAGAACUGCUGUCUCUCAUUUUAUCUUAGCCACUGGGAGAUGAGCGAUGACAAAGUGUGGGAGGAUAAAGCAGUGCCAUGCAGCCUGUCCUUUGCUUCAGCAGCCAUGUCCGAUUACCAGUGUUAAGAUUCCUGUUCUAGUCCAGUCAUCAUCUAUAUGAGUGAUCACAGGCAGGAGGUACUUUCAUGUCAUUUCCUCAGGUAGCAAAGAUCUUGUGGGCUUUUCUGAAACAGAAUCUGGUGCUUGUCAUCUACUAUUAGAGAGAGAAAGUAAAAGAA